CCCACGCCGUCAGUUGUGUGGACACGUCGGCGAGAAGCGAACACUUGCGAUCACGCUCUCGGCCCCACUCGCUCGCACUCUCCGCCUCGCCAGCGCCGCCGAGGGAGCCCGCGCUCGCCGUCUCGUCAGAGUUGAGAUUUCCUUUUGGUGAUUCCUCCGAGGAUUGCCUUCUGGCCAGUUGAUUGUGAGAGCAGCGGGCGUGCAGGUAGUCAGGCAAGGAUCCUCUUAGGCACCAUGGACGACUUGAGACGCGAUCGUCUUGGGCAGCGUCCCUACCACGAGCACACUGGGGACAACAUCUGCCCCAACAUGGUCAGGGGCAUCGACUACCUCAGGGAUCCCAGGUUGAACAAGGGCAUGGCCUUCACCCUGGAAGAGCGUCAGGUUUUGGGUCUCCACGGGCUCAUCCCCCCCCGGUUUAAGACCCAGGAAGAGCAAGUUGAUCUUUGCAAGAAGAAUGUUGAACGUUAUCAGGAGCCACUUAACAAGUUCAUUUAUCUUGCUAGUCUCCAGGAUCGAAAUGAACGACUCUUUUACCGUCUCCUGAGUGAAAAUGUUGAAGAGUACAUGCCCAUUGUUUACACCCCAACUGUCGGCCUUGCUUGCCAGAAGUUUGGUUUGAUCUUCCGACGACCUCGUGGUCUCUUCAUUUCUAUCCAUGACAAGGGACAUGUUUAUGAUGUGUUGAGAAACUGGCCAGAACAUGAUGUCCGCGCCAUUGUGGUGACAGACGGAGAACGUAUUCUGGGUUUGGGUGACUUGGGUGUACAGGGUAUGGGCAUUCCAGUUGGUAAAUUGUCCCUCUACACUGCUUUGGCUGGAAUCAAGCCACACCAGUGCCUGCCUAUUGUGCUUGAUGUCGGUACCAACCGUAAGGAACUUCUUGAAGAUGAGUUUUAUAUUGGUGCCCGCCAUGAGCGAGUGACGGGUGAUGCCUAUGAUGAAUUCAUUGAUGAAUUCAUGCAUGCAGUAGUUCAGCGCUAUGGCCAGAACACUCUCAUCCAGUUUGAGGACUUUGGUAACCAUAAUGCCUUCCGCUUCCUUGAGAAGUAUCGAGGAAAAUAUUGCACCUUCAACGAUGACAUUCAAGGAACAGCAUCUGUUGCCGUUGCUGGUUUGUUAGCAUCCCUGCGCAUCACUGACACAAAGCUUAGUGAUCAUAAAUUCCUUUUCCAGGGAGCUGGUGAGGCCUCACUUGGCAUUGCCAACCUGAUUGUCAUGGCCAUGGUGGAGGAAGGUGUUGAGGAGGAGGAAGCCCGUUCUAAGAUUUGGCUGGUUGACUCCCGUGGCCUGAUCGUGAAGGACCGUCCAAAGGGUGGAAUUACAGGACAUAAGGAAGUGUUUGCCCAUGAACAUGAACCUAUGGAUGAGCUGGAAGAAAUUGUGAGAGAGCUUCAACCAACUACUCUCAUUGGUGCUGCUGCCAUUGGAGGAGUAUUCACCCCACAGCUUCUUCAGGAUAUGGCUUCCUUCAACGAACGACCUGUUAUCUUUGCUCUUAGUAACCCAACAAGCAAGGCUGAAUGCACUGCAGAGGACUGUUACCAACAUACUGAAGGCCGAGGUGUGUUUGCAUCAGGCUCUCCCUUCGACCCCGUGACUUAUGAAGGCAGGACUUUCCACCCAGGCCAAGGCAACAAUGCAUACAUCUUCCCAGGUGUUGCUCUGGGUGUGAUCUGCACUGGAAUUCACCACAUUGAUGAUGGAAUUUUCCUCAUGGCAGCAAAGGCUCUGGCUGAUAUGGUAACUGAAGAGAAUCUUGAGCAGGGCCGCUUGUAUCCUCCUCUUACAGACAUUCAGUCUUGUUCACUGAAGAUUGCUACCUACAUUGCUGAACAUGCAUACAAGACAGAUAUAGCAUCAGUUUACCCUCAGCCAAAGGACAAAAUGGCCUUCAUUAGGGCUCAGCAAUAUGAUUUUCACUAUGGUUCAGCCCUUCCCAAUGUCUACAGUUGGCCCAAGCUUUAGGGCGCAUGACCAGUAAGCUAUGGCCUUAUGCUGCAUGUACACUGCAACAGAACUAAAAUUGUAGCAGUUUUUCUUUCAUGUUUCUUUAAUUUUUUAAUUGCCUCUUCUUUGAUUCCUCUGGCACAACCAACUUAGUUGUAUGACUAGAGAUCAAUGUGCCCAUCGCCUCUAUCUUCUGUAGAUGCCUCUUCUUUGGGACUAAAUUCUGGUAUCUUGUAUCAUUCUU